UUUUUUACACUGUUACUGUCCCAUCUCCCUCCUAGCGGAGCUGUAAUUUUUCGUGUCUAACACUAACCUCUCUCACCAUCUGCGUGCCUUGCUCCCUUUCAUCUGCCGCCAACGCAAUAGGAGCGCUUCGCGCGCGCUGAUUCACGUUCAGCAGCAUCACUGAAGGCCGGGGCAUAUCACAUCCACUUUACUGAAAUCCUUUUCCUUUCUCCUGGGCACCUAUUCAGUCUGUGUGGUCUGUGAGUCGCAUACCGUAAGCACCUAGGUGUAAGUUGUACUGCAGCUGCUCAUUACUCUCACAAACAGUUCUUAGGCCCUCAAUAUAGGCAAAGACGUUAUCUACAUGGAGCACUAGAUGGCAGUCACCAUUGUCAAAAAUUUUGAGAUGUCGGUGCCCAAGCCAUAGUCACACUUAUUCCCAAGUUCCUGAACAGGCUACGCUGGGAAAUACAGACUAUGCAUUUGAGAUGGCCAUUUCAAACAUUCGAUAUGGAGAAGGAGUUACUAAAGAAAUUGGCAUGGACCUGCAGAAUCUUGGUGCUAGAAGAGUUUGUUUGAUGACAGAUAGAAACCUUUCCCAACUCCCUCCUGUAAAAGCAGUACUGAACUCCUUGGCAAAACAUAGUAUAAACUUUCAGAUGUACGAUAAUGUCCGGGUGGAGCCAACAGACCAAAGUUUCCUGGAUGCCAUUGCAUUUGCUAAAAAGGGAGAGUUUGACGCCUAUGUUGCUGUUGGAGGUGGGUCCGUAAUAGACACCUGUAAAGCUGCCAACCUGUAUGCAUCCAGCCCUAUGGCAGACUUCUUGGAUUACGUCAAUGCUCCUAUUGGGAAAGGGAAGCCUGUCACUGUGCCCCUUAAGCCACUCAUUGCAGUUCCUACAACAGCUGGAACUGGAAGUGAAACUACAGGUGUUGCCAUUUUUGACUUCAAAGAACUGAAAGUAAAAACCGGCAUUGCUUCAAGAGCCAUUAAGCCCACACUAGGCAUCAUUGAUCCUUUACACACCCUGUCCAUGCCAGAGCGAAUAGUGGCCAACAGUGGCUUCGAUGUGCUUUGUCAUGCUCUAGAAUCAUACACUGCUCUUCCUUACAAGAUGCGCAGUCCCUGCCCUACAAAUCCAAUCAACCGACCGGCUUACCAAGGCAGCAACCCCAUCAGUGAUGUCUGGGCUCUCCAUGCUCUGCGCAUUGUAGCUAAAUAUUUGAAAAGAGCCAUCAGAAACCCUGAAGACCGUGAAGCAAGAGCUAGCAUGCAUCUAGCAAGUGCUUUUGCUGGUAUUGGCUUUGGCAAUGCUGGUGUUCAUCUCUGCCAUGGAAUGUCUUACCCUAUUUCUGGUUUGGUGAAAACUUACAAACCAAAGGAUUAUAAUGUGGAUCACUCUUUAGUGCCGCAUGGCCUUUCUGUGGUGCUGACAUCCCCAGCAGUGUUUGCUUUUACAGCGCAGAUACAUCCUGAGCGGCACUUGGAAGCUGCAGAGAUACUAGGAGCUGACAUCCGCACUGCCAGAAUCAAGGAUGCAGGGUUUAUUUUGGCAGACACGCUCCGGAAAUUCCUAUUUGAUCUGAAUGUUGAUGAUGGCUUAGCUGCAAUUGGUUAUUCUAAAGCAGACAUCCCUGAAUUAGUCAAAGGCACUCUGCCUCAGGAGAGAGUGACCAAACUAUCACCACGUCCUCAGACAGAAGAAGACUUAUCUGCCCUCUUUGAGGCUUCCAUGAAGCUUUAUUAGCUUAAAAUUUUAAUCAGAAAAGUAUAUUAUUUUCUAGCUAACACAAAGGUGAUUUCUUAUAGAUAUCAGGCUGGAUUUGUUUAGGGAAUGGAAGAACUUGGGUGUCUUCCUCUUCUGUUCCAUUGCACACUGUCAAAAGGUCAACUAAUUCAUUUUUAACUAAAUAGUACUUUGAAGUGGAAAGCUUGAUUGCGUUUUCUCUUGCUCAGUAGUCAGCGGUAUUACUUGCGUAAAAGCUGGAUCAGACUAUUACCUAUAGUGAAGGCUUUCCUGUGCUUCAGAGGUGGUCAAAAGUGGAAAUUGUUUUUCAAGUGAUAUUCUGAAACAUUUUACAAAAUACUAUUUUUAUUUUUAAAUUGUCUGUGAUUUUGUUUAUUUUAAAGUCAUGUUAUUUUAGGAAUAAUUUAGGUCAUUCUUAAUUCGAAAGGGGAAGUUCCCUUGUGGAAAAAGUCAGCCUCCAAUAUUCUCUUUCACUUUAUGAUCUUUUUACCACCUUGCUCCAGAGCUAUUAGAAGGCUAUUAAAGUAGGGUACUUUUUUGUGGUUUGAUUGAUAAAAAACUUACGCACAUUUUAUAUGUUUGGAAAAGGCUUCCUGAAACUGCAUUGGCGUUAGAAUUUUUUAAUGUCUUGUCAGAUAUUUGUCUUUUCUUUUAAGAUCUAUGUGAAGUGUUCAUAGGAGGAGCAAAAGCAGAAUGAAGUGCACUUCUAAACUCGACAGGAACUGCGUAACAGCAAGACAUCAUCCAUCACGUGUGUCUUUUCUCUGUGGAGGCCACAGCUCCCUUUUCCUGCUGUGUGCUGUGGGAAGAAGCUAUCAACUGUAUCUUGCUUCUGUGUGAAAUAAUUGCUUCUGCUGAGCUCCUGCUGGUGCUGUCACUUAGAGUACAAGCCACCAGCUUAAGGAAAUGGCGGUAUGCUGUGGUUCAGUAUUAAAAAGUGGUGGUGUAGCAUAUGGCUGCACAGUGCCCCACUAGGAGUGCUGGCUAAACAUGGGAAUGAGUGUGCACGUUCAGAACAGUUAACCAGCUGGUUGACUGUCAACUGAGAAAGGGAAGUGGGAAAGGGAGAAAUGAAACUCAAAUUUUAAUACUAUUUUUUCUUGUUAAAACUGUGCACAUGGUCUGGGUGUACAAUUCAUUUAAAUCAAACUCUGCUUCAUGGUGGGCUUUCAGCACCAGCUUCCUGUAGCUACUAACAGCACAACACAAGUGUGAGAAGAACCAUACAACCUCUGAUAUACUUGUUUCUUUCUGCUAGGAAGAGACCAGUUCUUCAGUCGCCCUGUUGAAGUAGUGGGCUCUGUACUUACAUCUUUGCACUCUAGUCUUUGCACGAUAAGACUUGUGCUGUCCUGCAAUCUGAGGCCAGAUCCAUAUUGGAUGGUGACACUGAGUCUAUUUAGUGCUCAGUUGAAGUAGGUAGAUUGAUACUGGUUGAAGACCAGAGGUUUUCUUUUUAACCACAAAAUGGAUUUAGGGGCCAUAGGGACUGUACAGACUGUACAGACUUCCAGACUGUACUGCCAAUAUACCUCAGCCUCUUCUGGGAAACACAUUGGAUUUCCACGUCCUUCAGAAUCUUGUCCUCUCUGCAGAAAUUGCCCGCAAGAAUCGCUAUUGCAAAGGCUUACUUUGCAAUAGCAAAAGAUGAAGGAUUCAUUUUACUGUAUUAUACCAACUUGCCUUAGCCACAGAAAAUCUUUUAGUUAAACCCUUUUGUAUGUAAUUUUUGGUAUGUUUCAUCUUUCCACUCUUGUCUUUCUGCGGGCUGUGGUAGCGGUAGAGUUCUGAAGGGAGGAUUUUUUUCCAGGAGCCUAAUUCCUAGCAGCCAUGUUGCUUAGAGAGAAUAUAGUUUCUGGGGAACUGAACAGUGCAUGGAUUUCCUUACUGCACUUGAGCACUUUGAUGGGCUAGCUAAGAAUGUAGGAUAUUUUACUCCAGUAUGCUUUUUAUUUACCAUUUAUGCAUAUGUGGCAGUUAUUAGCAGGCUGGAUUUUCCACCGACAGAACUUCACACUUAGCUUCCUACUUUCAGGUAACUCGGAGCUCUUGCUAAUUUUUAAAUUAAGCUUCACAACGCCCUUUGAUGUAACGGUUUUUAACAAUGUUUUAGAGAUGAGACAAAAGGUUUGAUACCAUCUGUAAUCCAACAUAAGCACAUUGUGCUGCAAGAAAGGGCCAUUUCUCUUUCCAACAACCCUUUGGUAGCAGCAGGGUUUUAGACUGGCUUAAACUGGUUGUAAAAUCUCACUGGUAGACAUCAGCUGCAUGAAUGUUUCCCCACCACCAAUUAUUAGCUACAAGUGCAAGUUUUCUGAGAAAAUCAAGGGAGCUUAAGUCACCCCACUGUGCUGUCUUUCCAAUAGUGAGGGUUUGAUACUGUAUCACAGCCUGGUUCCUGGCCUGCUCUGAGCAUUGGUAGUUUUACUCACAACUGAAGAGACAGGGGGAACUUUUUUAUGUAUUAUGUAACUAAAUUAUUCUACAGUGAGAAAAUCUAGCUGGUCAAAUAUAUCUGUAUCUUUUAACACAGUUGUUCCACAUGUGACUUCUAUUACUGCUCUGUUACUAAAGGCCUCCAGAACAUCUGUGUGACUACUUUUAAAGGCUACAGGAAUGCAAAUAAUGAAUAAUAUUGCACUUGCUGUAAACAAGCUUAUGAAAGUGUUUGAGAGCUGUGUUUAACUCUGUCAUGCACAGAAUCACAGAAUCGUUUAUGUUGGAUGGGACCUCUGGAGAUCAUCUAGUCCAACCUCCCUGUUCAAGCAGGGUCACCUAGAGCAUAUUGCCCAGGAUCACAUCCAGAUGUUAACUUGAAUCUCGUAAAGUAACUAUGAAUCAAAAUCAUUCAGAGAAAAUAAGCUUUCAUUAGCAUCAUAGAGAAUAACGAUUAUUUCUGCAGAGUUGUUCGUUUGGUGAGCUUGGCUGUAUGCACAGAAAACCCUUGUAUCAUGAGUGAUAAUUGAAAAGAAUGUUACAGAAGUUUCAGAAAUAAAAGCACACAAACUGCUG